UACUGAAGUGUCGCUUGCUCUUCUGAAUUUGGGUUUGGAGGGAAAGAAACGAAAUGCCAGUGGCCAAACCCGAAUCCUCUGAUGCCAGAGUCAUCGCUCACGUUGACAUGGACUGCUUCUACGUUCAAGUGGAGCAGCGGAAGCAGCCUGAUUUAAGGGGUUUGCCUACUGCUGUGGUACAAUAUAAUUCCUGGAAAGGUGGAGGCUUGAUUGCUGUUAGCUAUGAGGCCCGUAAAUAUGGUGUGAAGCGAUCAAUGCGAGGCGAUGAAGCAAAGCAAGUUUGCCCGGAAAUUCAGCUGGUUCAAGUCCCAGUGGCUCGGGGUAAAGCUGAUCUCAACACGUACCGCAGUGCGGGUUCAGAGGUGGUUUCUAUUCUUGCAAGGAAGGGUCGAUGUGAGAGAGCUUCUAUUGAUGAAGUGUAUCUUGACCUUACUGAUGCAGCUGAAACAAUGUUAGCAGAAACUCCUCCAGAGAGCCUGGAAGUAAUUAAUGAGGAAGCUAUUAAGUCACAUGUUUUGGGGCUUAAUAAUGAGGAUGGAAUUGAUGCCAAAGAGAAUGUGAGAGAGUGGCUUAGUAGUAGUGAUGCGGAUCAUCGUGAUAAGCUUUUAGCUUGUGGGGCCCUUAUUGUUGCAGAACUUAGGAUGCAAGUGUUGAAGGAGACUGAGUUUACAUGUUCUGCUGGUAUAGCUCAUAAUAAGGUAGAUGCGGCCAAACUUGCAAGUGGUAUGAAUAAACCUGCACAACAAACUGUUGUGCCCUUCUCCUCUGUGAAAGGAUUACUGGAGUCCUUGCCAAUCAAGAAAAUGAAACAGCUUGGAGGAAAGCUUGGGACUUCUUUACAAAGUGACUUAGGUGUGAACACUGUUGGAGAUCUGUUGCAGUUUUCAGAAGAGAAGCUACAAGAGUGUUAUGGCGUCAAUACUGGCACUUGGUUGUGGAAUAUUGCAAGGGGAAUCAGUGGGGAAGAAGUUCAGGGACGCCUUCUUCCCAAGAGUCAUGGUUCUGGGAAGACAUUUCCUGGCCCUCGGGCCCUGAAGACAAUUGAUUCUGUUCAACACUGGCUCAAUGAACUUUGUGAAGAACUGAGUGAACGCCUUCACUUUGACUUGGACCAAAAUAAACGGAUUGCUCACACAUUGACUUUGCAUGCUAGAGCAUACAAGUUAGGUGACUCAGAUUCACACAAGAAGUUCCCUUCCAAGUCUUGUCCCCUAAGGUAUGGGACUAUCAAGAUUCAAGAAGAUGCCAUGAACCUAUUUCAAGCUGGAUUACGCGAUUAUAUGGGCACUUACAAAUCUAAAACUCAAGGAAGUCAAUACAAUGGUUGGGGAAUAACAGGCCUUUCUGUUUCAGCAAGUAAAAUUUUGGACACACCAUCUGGAACAUGUUCAAUCAUGAAAUACUUUCAUGGCCAGUGCCCACCCCGCUCUUCAUCAGAGAAAUCACAGGAUAACCUCAUACAAGAUGCUGCACCAUUGUCACCUUCAGAAAGUGAAAGCUAUUCAGGGUUGAAUUUAACUGAGCCACAGAUUGUGUUCCCUGGAGAAGAAAAGGAGAUCAAGCAUGCUAUCCCUACUCUGGAUCAUCAGGAAGACAAAAGUAAAACAUGGAAAGACCAGGAUCCAUCAUGUUUGUCAUCACAACAGAUGCAAAAUAGUAUUGCCCAAGAAACUUCACCGUUGUUGCCUUCAGGAAGUGAAAGCUGUUUGGGGAUGAGUCAAAGUGAGCAACAAAGAGAAUUCCCUACAGAAGAAUCUAGGAUUAAAUAUGCCAUGCCAAGUUUGGAUCGAGGUUUGCAGAAAAAAAAAACAUCAAAAGAUAAGGGAACGAGUUCAAUCCGGAGGUUCUUUAAGACUUGUGAUCCCAGUUCUUUAAGGAAGCAGGAGCAUGUUGAAGCCAUCCAACUCCAAGAUGUUCAAGCAGCAGAAUCUGUUGGUUUUCAAUCUACAAGUAGUAUCUGUUCAGAACCAAAUCAAACUGAGCUGCCUAAAGAAAGUAUUCCUGAACAAACUGGGACAAACAGUGGUUGUUCUACUUCAGCUCAUAUUGAACAACAAAGUGAAUCAUGGCGUUACAAAGUUGAUGAGAUAGACCCCUCUGUGAUUAACGAGUUACCACCAGAAAUCCAGGAAGAAGUUCAGGCUUGGCUCAGGCCUCAUAAGCGGCCAAAUGUGGUUAAAAAGGGUUCCAGCAUCGCUCAUUAUUUCUUGCCAGCCAAAAAUAGGUAAUUGUACCAAUAGUGCUCUACUGUACAUAGGAAGGUGUUAUCCUUCAAGCUCAUGAAACAAAAUGCUGCUUGAUUUUAUUGAAUUAUAUAGCAUAGAGAGAAUUCACGCAGAUUUAGGCUUAGGAAACCCAAAAUCGUCAUGCAUUCAAGGCUAGUCCAGAAGUUCUUUGAGUGUUCAUAAGCGAUUUUAUCCUUUCUAUGAAUUGUAUGGAAGCAAGCUGGAAUGCCAGUCAAUUCUGUAUAUUAGAGUAUAAAAAGUUAGUGAUUUUCUGAAAAUUGAUAAUGAUGGAAUGGUGUCUGUAAAUAUUUUUUAUUAAUUUAUAAUGAUGAUUAUGCUUUAUGGCUA